ACUGACCCAAUAGAGUCUUGCCACGUCGCAGACACUCGCGUCCUCAUCUUUUUCAGCCUGAACUCGCACUCGAAAUCCGCUCUCUCUUCGAGCAAGUCCUGAUUCGAUGAUCUCCCCCAAGAUCGUAUGAACAACUAGUACAGAAUAAAUUUCAAUGGAGUUCCGGGUUGACGGAGAUUUUAAUGGUGAAAUGGUGACUAAUUGCAUUGCAUUGGAGGAGAAUAGGGGAGACGAUGGAAUUGAAUUGGUUGAAAAUACAAUUGAAGUUCCCUUGCAUCAGAAUCAUGAGGAGAAGAUUGAGCAAGAUUGUUCUGAAGACAGUAUCCCGGAUGCAAUUCCAGCCGUAUCAGGACCUCAAGCCGAUGAGCCCUAUGUGGGACAAGAGUUUGAAUCUGAAGCAGCGGCUCAUGCAUUUUAUAAUGCAUAUGCCACUCGAGUGGGAUUUGUCAUCCGUGUUAGCAAACUAUCUCGAUCAAGGCGUGAUGGAACUGCAAUCGGUCGGGCACUUGUGUGUAACAGAGAGGGAUACAGAAUGCCUGACAAGCGUGAAAAAAUUUUAAGACAGAGGGCUGAAACCAGAGUGGGUUGCAGGGCAAUGAUUUUGGUCAGAAAAGUGAGUUCUGGUAAAUGGGUUGUGACAAAGUUUGUGAUGGAGCAUACUCAUCCCUUGACACCUGGUAAAGGUCGAAGGGAUUGCAUUUAUAGCCAGUAUCCGGUUGCAACAGUCAAGAAUCUUCUCUUGCCCCUUGCAAGGGCAGGCUGAGACGGUCUUGUGCCACCUUGUUUCUGUCCUUUUCUUUUUUUGGAGUGUAAAAGAAGUUUAUUGAACAAGCACCAAGGAUGUGCAGCCCAGAAAGGGGCAUUACAGUUGAGAGACAUCAAUAGUCUCUUUGAAGCCACCACUGUUACAUAUAUUUGACUUUGGAAAACCAAAAUUGAAACAAACAAAGCCAGUUAUCAAAGAUAGUAUCUACCAACGAUUCAUUGCCAUUGAAAUCCCGAUCAUUUCUUUUCUUCAAGAUAGACUGGAUUGUAGCUAGAGGGAUGAGAAGUAGAGCUUUCCCUUUCAGUGCUGCAGAUCCUCUACAAUGGCAUAAUUACCCGAGCUACCUAGCACAUGCUCUUAGGUCAUACUCUAAAAAUGGAAUUUCUUGAUUUUGAACCGUGAUCAUGUAAUUGUAUCGAUAUCUAUGGUGAAUUAUACUUCAGGAAAGAUGCUUUCCUCAAUUGUAGAUUUUGAUCAUCAAUAGGUUAAUUUACAUAAACUCAGUGAUAACUGUCAAAUAAACUUUGUCUUUCUAUGUUCUUAAACCUUGGAGAUGCAAGGACAUUGUGUAUAUUGUAGAAUUAGCAAAAUUACAAAAAAGAAAGUUGGUAGGACCGUAGGAAAUCAGUGCUGGUAGCAGAUGAACCUAGUAGAUAGUAUGAAACUCUGAAAGAUUUUAUGCUAUUUUUGGUUUUUUGGAGGUUCGGAUUGGACGGAGAAUUCAUAGGGGCCUAAAAAGAAAAGAAAGAUUUUGCCUUUGAAUUCUAGUCAACCAUGUAUAUUUGUUAAGGGGAAAAAUGAUUCAAAUGAAACAAAAUUGGCCAGGUACUUUGUAAACAGGUUUUGGUAUGAGAUAUUGUAUCUCAUGACAAAAUUGAUAAUUGAUGACUGAUGUCACUGGCAACUAGCUCGAUGACAGCAAGAAGGCCCUUAAUCCUGAAUAUCUGAGGUUGGCUAGUAGCUACAUGGAUCGUAAUGAAAAACUAUUUGGUAUCACUACCUAGUCAAGUAUUUUGUGACCUGUUUAAAGGUGCUGAAAGCAACUCACUUUAAAAUAUGGAGAAUGAUGUUUGUUUGGUGUAGAGGAUGUUGCUACAUAGAUGAAGACGAUUCUUCUUGACGUAAUAGAUCUCAUUUCUUGUGAAUGAUUGUAAUUGGUUGCACCGUGUUGGUACCAUUUGGCCCUUUUUAAAGAAAUUGAAAGAAGCGUAGUUUUAGUAUGCAGAUAUGGUGAUGUUUGAUAUCCUUCAUUUACAACUAUUGUUACUUGAACUGAAUUCUUAAGUUUGACAAAGAAUGUGCCAUCAGUUGUGUCAUAAAGCGGUUCAUGUCCGCCUAAUUUCUUGGAAUGAAUUUAUUUGAUGAAUUGUUUGUAAUGGAACAUGAUUUGACUGAGGACAACUACCUCUUCUCGGAAGCUAGUUUCUAGUUUUCAAUCAAUAGAUUAAAAAACAUUGCUCAGAGAAGACCUCAGAAAUUGCUCCCACUUCAGGUCAAAGAAAAGAAGGGUGGGAAAGAAAAAGUGGACAUUGAAUUUGUUGAUUUAACCAUGGAGUUUGGCACUUUGCUGGUGUCUUCUGGAACUUGAAACUGCCCAUAGAGACUCAUGUUCUCUUUCAUGCUUCUCUUGUAGAGGGUUGCUUUUUUUAAAAUUGUUCUUAUUUUGAUUAAUUUUAGGAACUUCGCUGGACAAGUGAUACAUCUUUUCAUGGAAGGAUGGCAGCAAAUGCUUCCAAAAUAUACUAAUUGAGUGUGUAGGCAUGUUUAUGACCUUGACAACUUUUAAUUGCAUGGUGCUGGGUGUCUAGACUAGUCUGGAGAGACAGUGGUUUUGGUUCUUUGCGUAUCUGUCAUUCGUAUUUGUUUAGUAAUUUUAGGGAGUUAUCUUGUUAAAUCAUAAGAUAGUAUCGAAACAUCUAUCUUUCACCAUAUUGAAGCUGCGUUCCUUCUUUUAGAAGGCCCUCAAGUUUCUCUCUUUCCAAAAAAUCCGGAAGCUCGUCUGGAGGAAUAGUGGGGAUGAAUAGUAUUCUUGGUUUCCAAAUUACACCAGCCCUUAAGUUCAUCCUUAACAAAUUUUCAACCACCCAUUUGAUUCCUAUGGUCUCAUGGGCAAUCUCGCU